UUCAGUCACAAGUACCUCAACAACCGUCGCAAUAAUUCUGUCAUUUUGCCAUUCUGUGUCCAAGGCCCCCCCCCUUUCGUCCGUCAUCGAAUACAUCGUCAUGACAUCAUCCGCAGUCCCAGACCCUGCACAGAAAAAAGACCACGGCGGUCUCUUGUAUAAAUAGGAGAAACUCAAUGAGAGCCACCCGACAUUCAGUUUUGUUGUUCAAUUGAAUGACAAUCCCAGUUUCUACAUCCUCUGUGAUAUGCGAUCGACGCCCUUUCGACUCUGCGCCCCCAUCCUUCGCUCAACCCCCAAGUGUUAUCUCCCGGCAGCAGCAACAACAGCCCGCAGCACUCAAUUCCCCCGCUUCAUCCCAACGACUCACGCCCGCAAGAACGCGACCGGAAUGUCGGACAAGCCCGAAGGCACUAAAGACAUGGCCCAGCGGCCGCCCUACCAGCACCGGUCCGCCGAGGACUUCGGUGAGGUCAAGUGGCGCGGCAAGUGCCAGUGCGGGCAGGUCAAAUACAAGCUCAACAAGGAGAAGCCUCUCAAGGCCAAGUUCUGCCACUGUCGCGGGUGUCAGAUGACCCAUGCUGCCCCCUUCCAAUGGGCCGCCAUCUUCCACAAGGAGAACCUGCUCUUCGAAAAGGGUGCCGAGGGUCUGGCAUUCUACUCCUCCACCAACAAGACCCGGGAAUACUCCCUGCCCACCAAGGUCUUCUGUUCGUGGUGCCGGUCGCCGAUCAUGGACGAAGGACGGAAUGUCUGUCUGCUGUUCCCGGAGUCGAUUGAGUGCGGAGACACCGACGCAGAGCGUCUGGAGUGGCGGAAGGCCUUCGAGGUCGAGUAAGUUCCAUGUUCUUCUUGUUCACCCGAGCGGGGGAGUCGUAGCUGUAGCUGCUCGUUCCUUGACUGACGCGGUACUCUAGUUGCCAUAUCUUCUACAGCCAGCGGAUCCUAGAGAUCCCAGAUGGCAAGCUCAAGUGGGCUGGGAUGGACGAAGACAGUGAAAAGGUCGAUGAUAUGGGCAAGCCCACGGAAUGAAGAUCGGUGAUCGUAUCCUUUGGGGCUUUUACUAAACUGUGACCACACUGGACCACGUACACGAUUUGGGUCAGCGAUACGAGUCAGACGAGUGCAUGAUAAAUGAUCAUCAUGAUAUGUAUAUUAGGAAAUUUCGAUUUAUUUGUCA